AUCGCCGUACGACUCCCUACUCCCCCUUGCGCUCACUUGCAAGUCUCCGCUACAAUCAGCUGCAGCAUCACUGCCGUCGUCUCCUCCUCCUCUAGGUCGAGCGAUUGCCUAGCCAUUGCCAUACCUUGACCGCGCUUGACCGGCCUGCUCUGCCAGAGCCCUAGGUAGCAUUGUCCACCCCUCUCAGCUAUACCCUUCCUCCCACCCCAGUCUGCCCGCAACGAUGAUCUCCGCCUUCUUCAUCUUCAAUCAAAAAGGCGACGUCCUCAUCUCCCGCCUCUUCCGCAACGACCUCAAGCGCAGCAUAGCCGACAUCUUCCGCAUCCAAGUUGUAUCCAACCCCUCUGUACGCUCACCCAUCAUCACUCUAGGCUCAACCUCCUUCUUUCAUGUUCGUCAUCAGAACCUCUAUCUGGUGGCAGUGACAAAGGGAAAUGCGAACGCGGCAUUGGUAUUUGAGUUUUGCUAUAGGUUGAUCAAUAUUGGUAGGAGCUACUUUGGAAAGUUGGACGAGGAGAGUGUCAAGAAUAACUUUGUGCUCAUUUACGAGCUGCUAGAUGAGAUUCUCGACUUUGGAUACCCACAGACUUCGGAGACGGACACGCUCAAGAUGUACAUUACCACCGAAGGCGUCAAGUCGGAGCAGGCAGUCAGGGAAGACUCGGCCAAGAUUACCAUCCAGGCUACGGGAGCUACCAGCUGGAGGAGAGCAGAUGUCAAGUACCGCAAGAAUGAGGCGUUUGUCGACGUCGUGGAGAACGUCAAUCUGUUGAUGAGCACAAAAGGCACUGUACUGAGAGCGGACGUCGAUGGUCAAAUCCUCAUGCGAGCUUACCUGACAGGCAUGCCAGAGUGCAAGUUCGGCCUAAACGACAAGCUCGUCCUCGACCGCAAACGAGACCGGCUCGACACCGGUUCAGGGGAUGGAGUCGGUGGUGAAGGCAUGGGCGCAGGCGGCGCAGUAGAGCUCGACGACUGCCAAUUCCACCAAUGUGUCAAGCUGAACAAGUACGACUCGGACCGCUCUAUCAGCUUCACGCCCCCGGACGGAGAGUUUGAGCUGAUGAGGUAUCGCUCUACCUCGAAUGUCAAUCUGCCAUUCAAGGUGCAUCCCAUCGUAGAGGAGAUCGGCAAGUCGAAAGUAGAGUACAUGGUUCACCUCAAGGCUAACUUCGACUCGAAGUUGACCGGCACAGAUAUUGUGCUGCGCAUCCCCACACCGCCCAAUACCACCUCGGUCAAGUGCUCCGUGGCGGUAGGCAAAGCCAAGUGGGUCUCGGCGGAUAAUUCGAUUGUUUGGAAGAUUCCAAAGAUGCAGGGAAUGGGAGACGCAAGUCUACAGGCAGAGGCGACGUUGAGUCAGGUCACUGUUAGGAAGGCGUGGAGUCGCCCGCCGAUUGAGAUGGACUUCCAGGUGUUGAUGCUCACGGCCAGUGGUCUGCUGGUACGCUACCUCAAAGUGUGGGAGAAGUCAGGAUACCAAUCGGUGAAAUGGGUACGCUACGUAUCCCGGGCAGGAGGCAAUAGUGGGUCGAGCUAUGCCAUUCGAAUCUAGUGAGGUCUAUUGCACAUGGUAGCCAACGGUGAUGCGAUGUAUCACGCUGAGCGGUACGCCGCGACGCGGAGUGAAGCAAAGGCCAAAAGGCCAAAGGGCCAAAGCAAUGUAUGUAUUUGUAGAAGUCUAC